CUGCAAAAUACAGAUGCAUCGUCAAUAAGCUCAACUUGAUUGUAAACAGUGCGUGACUUGCUACGCCUCUGCAUGGAGUAACGUUAAUGUGACUUGCGAGGAGACACUGAUAUUAUACGCAGUUUAUCCGACUUAUGAUUAGAUGGAUUGUUAACAUAAUCGUAACACAGCCUACAUUGAAUUGCAAUAUAGUAAACGGACAACGACGAUUCGAUUACAUGAUGUAGUUAGCUACGAUGGCUAGCAAGUAAGAUUUGCCUUUUAAAGGUAACGUUAGCUAGCUCCGUCACUAGAACUACCUUGCCGAGCUACACAAACUUGCAGGUAACUUCUUUAAAUGGCUAACGAGAUGAUGGUACCGUGUUUUAACCGGAUGAUUAUCUGUCUACAUUAGUAAUACGAUAUAUUUAUAUAGCUUGUAAGUUUUCAUUGAAUUCGAUGUCUUUGAAUCAGGUAUGACACCAGCUAUGCUAGCCAGUACUGUUAGCCAGAUCUGGCUAGCUAGCUAGCUGUCUGUCAUAUGUGGAUGACAGCCAUGGAAAAGUGGUCUCGUUUUGUGCAUUCUAGGUAACAGGUGUAACUUAACUCAUUAGCCCAUUUUUAGAUAUUUCUUUUCCGGAAAUAAUUGUGUAUAAAAGCUCUUUUAGCUGAGCUGUUGUCAGCUAAGUAAGAUACAAUCUUAAUAGCUAAGACUAGUUAAUGCGCCUUACAAUGAAGUUUGCAGUUUAACUGCCACUAAAACAAAUAGCUUCGUGAAUGGUCGUUUUUGCACAAUGGUCAUUUUGCCGGAUGUGUCGGAAAUUAUCAGGUUAUUUGAGGAUCUGUUUGUGGUUUGAGGGAGUUCCAUAUUACAGGAGUUGGCUACGAUCGGUGCCUUUAUAGAAUAUUAUUACGCCCUCCUAAAGGUAGUCACCGAUACGUUUUGAAAAUGGCCAGAAUUCAACAAGGGAACGGAUUGCUGUCGAGUGAGUCAAAAAGUUUUAGAGGCACCACAGAGAGCGUGGACAAGCUUGAUGACAACUCCUCGGAAUCUGCUGUCAACGGCCUUGACAACACUGAAGUACAGACCGACAAAUAUGGAUUCAUUGAGGGUGCCCAACAAUAUUCUUCAAAUUCCGCCGAAGACGUUCCUCCAGAGAUCCUCAGGCAGAGGGAGGCCAAGUGGCUGGACAUGCUCAACAACUGGGACAAGUGGAUGGCCAAGAGACACAAGAAAGUGAAGGUGCGUUGUCAGAAGGGCAUCCCUCCCUCUUUGCGGGGCCGUGCCUGGCUUUACCUGUCAGGGGGGAAAGUGAAGAAGGAGCAGAACCUGGGCAAGUUCCAGGAGCUGGACAGUCAGCCAGGUGACCCACGCUGGCUGGACGUGAUCGAGAAGGACCUGCACCGACAGUUCCCCUUCCACGAGAUGUUUGUGGCGCGGGGAGGCCAUGGGCAGCAGGAUCUGUUCCGUGUGUUAAAAGCCUACACUCUCCACCGGCCGGAGGAGGGCUACUGCCAGGCCCAGGCUCCUAUUGCUGCCGUUCUCCUCAUGCACAUGCCUGCUGAGGAUGCAUUCUGGGGUUUGGUGCAGAUCUGUGAGAAGUACCUCCCCGGAUACUACAGUGCUGGACUGGAGGCCAUCCAGCUGGACGGGGAGAUCCUGUUUGCGCUGCUGAAGCGCGCCUCCCCCGUGGCGCACCGCCACCUGAAGAAGCACAAGAUCGAGCCCAUCCUCUACAUGACCGAGUGGUUCAUGUGCGCCUUCUCGCGCACGCUGCCCUGGGCCUCGGUGCUGCGCGUCUGGGACAUGUUCUUCUGCGAGGGGGUGAAGAUCAUCUUCCGGGUGGGGCUGGUGCUGUUGAGAUGCAUGCUGGGAUCUCAGGAGAAGCUGAAGGCCUACCAGGGCCAGUACGAGACCAUGGAGCUGCUCAGGCACAUCGAGCCGCGCUACAUGCACGAGACUUUCCUGGUCAACGAGGUGAUUGAGCUGCAGGUGUCAGAGCGGGACGUGGAGAAGGAGCACCUGUCCCAGUUGCGGCGCUGGAAGGAGACGCGCGGCGAGCUGCACGCCAAGUCCCCUCCCAGGAUGCACGGCGCCCGCGCCAUCAUGAGCGCCGAGCCGCCCAGCCGCCAGGACCUCCGCCAGAACCCCACCAUCAUCGUGGAGUCGCCGGUGGCGGUCGAGAACGACGGGGGACGGCCAGCAUCCGCCGAUGACAAGAAGGUGAAGAAGAAGACGAAGGGCAAGGGCGAAAAGGAGGAAGAGGCGCAGGACGAGGAGAGGGGACAGACUGCAGCGGUCGCGGAGUUGCCACCGGUGGAGGUGACCAACCCGUACCCCGCGCUCGCCGAGCCCGAAGACUCACCGAGCACGCUGGGGUCACAGCAGAGUCUAAGCAGCGGCGAGCACGACACCUACCUGUAGGGUCGGGGUCGGGGUGGGGUGGCGCGGUGGGGAGAGGACAUUUGACCCUGCUGCUGACCAGCCACAGACUGCCAUCGCCACGCUGUUGUAUCGGCCAUCCAGCGUGACCGAUAUGGGCGUAUCCAUGGAAAACCCCCGUCCACGAUUUAACACUCAGGAUCUUUAACUGGAAGGGAGGACGUUUUGGCAACCAAGGGAGCAUCGAUCUACUGCCAAAGUUUCAGGAGUGAAAGGCAUCAAAUGAGUGGGAGAGACGUGGUGGGGCUUUGUGUCUUUUUGCACAGAUGAGAGGGGUGUGGAUGUCAGUGACAUGGCAUGGGGAGAAGGUGGGGUGAUUUUUAAUCAAAGACACUUUUGUUUGGGUGGCACUUAUAUUUGUGGAGAGGGGCCUAACAGGUACACACACACACAUAUACACACACACUCUCACUCACAGCCAUAGGGUAGAUGCUGCAGAGCCGAUGAGAACCUAGAUCUGGUGUCCUCCUCCAAGGCCUUCAGCUAAUGCAUAGCCACGGAUACAGACCCCAUAAUGCACUACAGGGCCAGGAGAGUGGGCAGCUGACCUGGCUCAUUGGUUUAGCUCUGUGCUAAAGCAGCCUUUGCCAUCUCUUCCUCUUCUCAGUAAAGCUGUAUGCCCUGAAGAGAUGACCUCUUGUCAAACUUGCUCAUUUGUUUUCGUAGUUACUCUAACACCAGUGUCUCAG